GCCCUCGAACCGUCACGCCGCGGCCUCUGCUCUGCGUCAGGAUGGCUCUCCCUCCCAUACUGUACCACCACUUCCGGGUGCCCCUCCCAUAUGCUCAGACGCUCGCCCUGCAGGAGAGGAUACACCAAAUACAGCUAGCGGCUCGGCGCACCGGAUCUCACAAGGAUAUCCUCCUCCUCCUGCAGCACCGUCCCGUGUACACGGCCGGCCGAAGACAAACAGAGGAUGCUGUGGCCGCAGAGCGCCGCCGGCUAACCGACAUGGGGGCUGACUUCGUUACCACACAACGAGGGGGACAAUUGACGUACCACGGGCCUGGCCAAAUUGUUGGCUACCCUCUCAUCGACACUGGGAGGUGGUCUCCUGCUAUGGGCGUGCGGGAUUACGUCUGUCGUAUGCAGAAGUUUAUUGGCCUGCACCUUCGCGAGGCGCAUGGUCUACAACCCUCUCCAUCCGACAACACGGGCGUCUUCCUCAGUCCCACCGAGAAGAUCGCGAGCAUAGGUGUGCAGGUCCGCCAUCGAUUGACGUCGCAUGGAUUUGCGAUGAACGUCACGCGCGAACCGCUGGCGUGGUUUGACCAAGUCGUCGCGUGCGGUCUGGAGGACGUCAAGGCGGUCAGCAUCUCGACUGCGACUGGCAAGGAGGUCAGCGUCGACGAGGAAAUCUCCGGCCUGGUCUCUCGCUUCGGACAGCUAUAUGAGAGGGAUAUGGUCGCCCUCGACGCGCCCAAAGAGGGCGAGAUAGGAGAGGCUAUAUUAGCGUUAGAACAAGAAGCGCACUCUCUUGGAUCUUGGGCGACUGCCCCGCGCAUGUGAGCCGUACUCAUCAUUAAUUCCAGUCACAAACCCUAUAAUAUCAUAUACAUUGCAUUAAUCCAGCACAAAUAGCAUGUUCACGGAUAGCUUUGGAUCAAGCGGACCUCUAGCCAUAUUAUUCACAGAUUGGACUACCUCACGGACCACCUGAACAUGUCUGCUUGAAAAAUGUUAGGUUCUCGCAAAUGCGC